AGUGGUUUUUAGAGUGUUUUCAAAAUGGCAGCUGUUUUUCUCCGCUCUUCUUCUCGCCUUAUAAGCUCUUCUCUCUGGAAAAGAGGCUCCCCUAAGAGCGCCUCCAAUUAUGCUCAGAUGGUUCUAGACGGUGAAUCGCACGCUGUAAAAACAACCACACAAUGGAAGCUCAUAUCUCUCCUUAUUGCUGUCCCCGGAAUGCUUUUUGUUGCCAGGAAGGCGUACAGGGCUGAACAGGAUCACCAUCAUCAUAUCGAGGAGCACGGUCGUCCUGAGUUCCUGCCUUACCCUCAUUUAAGGAUCAGGUCUAAGCCGUUCCCUUGGGGCGAUGGUAAUCACUCCCUCUUUCACAAUCCAGAAACCAACGCACUACCUGAAGGCUACGAGGAUUAGAUAAAUAAAUGGAAAAAAGAGACAGCAAACAUUAAGUAGUGUAGCAAUUUAUUAGUUAUAAAAUUUACUUAAUUAAUUCAUAAUUUUGUUAAUAAAUAAAAA